AUGAUGUAUGGAGAGUUACUUUAUAACUAUGAAGUUUAUCAAUACAGUUUUCCUAUUCUUGUGGAGAUUUCUUCUUCUUAUCCUACAUUAUUACCAUUUAUUAAACUUAACUUGCCUCACGUGCCACAUUGUUCCGUGUUGAAUAAUGAUGGUUCUUUUAAUUUGAAACAACUGGUAGGCAAUAAAACAUUGACCUUGGUAAAUAUUUUUGACCUGAUUAUUGUUCAAUUAAAGUUAAUUCCUCUUCAAUCAAUUCCUUUCUAUUUUCUGCCAAAUUCAUCAAGUGCCGUAGGUUCAUCUCAAUACAAGCCACAUAUAAUUCAGCCAAACUUAGUUAAUACUAAAACUGAAUCUUCUCUAGUCUAUCCUAAAGACAUCCAACUUCCAAAACAAAACGAAGUUAAAAAUGAACUAAUCACUAUUAAACCGAUAUUACCAAUAAAUAUUAAACCAAUAUUUCCUAUCAACACACAAAUCAAAAGUAAUCCAACUAAGCCAGCUCAAAAAAUUAUUACUGGAAAAGAAUAUAUACCAGGAUUCGAGAGCAUUAAUUCAUACCUUGAUUAUAUUGACUAUGAAAAAGAAUUAAAACACUAUGAGGAACUUUUAGAAAACCACCAAAUUACAAAGGAAGCUUAUAAUAUAUUCAAAUCAGGUAUUUAUCCAAAAGACCCAUUACCACCACCACCAGAGAGGUACGAAGACAUAUUGGAAUUGUACAAAAUUGGUAAUAUUACAAGGAACGAAAUUAAUUUAAAUGUAUCACCCUUAAGUAAAGAAGAAAGGAUUUAUAUUAAAAAUAUGGAUGAGCUUGAUGAAAUGCAAAAAACUUUUGCUGAAAUGUUUCUUGAUGGAGAGAUAGAAGAAGAAGAGAUGACAUUUCUAAAUAACAGUUAUAAAGAAUACCUUCAUGUAAAUCCAUAA